UUAUCACCACAAUUAUAAGUUAAAAAUUGUUUUGAAUCAAUGUUCAAAAGUGCCUCUAUAACACGAAAUCAACAUGAUCACCAGUAAGCUUGUAAGUGGCGCACACCAUUGGAGAACAGUCAAAGGAAGCUGCAACCAUUACAUCAUCCAGAACAGUUGGUUUUCCGUGCAACGUAAUGAUCAGCCACCGGACAAUGACAAACAACGGCUGGAAAAGUACGAAUACAUUACACUCCAUCAAACUGACGGUUCCUCCAGUCAGCACCAGAGCAAUAAAGCAUCCGAAGCCGGUAGUAAUAUAGCGCUGCGUCGAAUUAGUCUGCUGGAUUUGGCGAAAAGUAAACUUUAUGAAGCACAAUCAUUUUAUGAUGACUUCAGUGGGAUGUCUGAGGUGAAGGUCGCUCAAAACAAGGUUAUUGAAAUCCAGAACCAGCUGCAGCUAGUGCAGGAACGUAGAAGACACAUUUUGCUGGAGUUGACGUUAAUCCGCAAGCAGCUGCAGGAUAUUCACGUUGAUUUGCAGAAAGCGGUUCGUGGAGAGCAUCGCUACGUCGAGCUUAUUAAGGAGGAGUUUGAUGUAAUCGCCAGGGAGAAGGAAAAGAAUCAAAUUUUUCAAAUCGUUGAUCAAGAAGAACGGGAACUGUUCUCACAUCUGACGUCGGCGGUAAAAACCUCUCACGAGAAGGAACGAACGCAAGCUAACAAUGUGAAAUAUUGGUCCAUCAUUGGGUCGUGUGUCGGUGCGUUGCUGGGAAUCAUUGCUACCUCAAUCAAUUACUACUACCGAAAUACACAGUUUGAGUCGAUUAAACGAACCGCCGGCGAAAGUGUUUCGCGACUAGCGCAAGUUCAGGAUGAGUUGACCGGCUUCGGAAGCUCGUUGGAGUACAUACGACAGUAUGUGGAAUUGCGUAAGCUAGAGGAUGACAAGGAACGACUGAAAGCUGCUCGUAUGUUGGCCGAGGGCCAACAUCAUCAAAGAACCAGCGAGGGUUGGGGUAGCUAUCUUAAGCGCAAUACUGUACGAGUGUACAGGUAUUUCAUACCAAAUACUAAUAAGUCUAAGUGAAGUGAGUCAAAUGCAUGCGAACAUGCGGGAAUAUAGAAACAGCAAAGCUGUUUCUUUGAUA